GGUUUGGUUUGGUUCGCCGUCGCCGUGUGUAAAAUAUUUUCGCCCAGAGCGCCACAGCCAGAGCUCAUUUAACUCACUUUCAUAUCCAGUUCUCCACGACUCGACGAAGGGCGUCGCUGUGGACACACAGCAUAGUUUUAAAAUCAUUUCACCCAGAAAUUUGUGGAAAAUUAAUAAAUAUACAGUUUUCCAAGUCAAUUACUAAUUGUGCUUUGGAAAAAUUGAAAACUUGUGUUUAAAGAAAUGUCCGGGUUUCAGUGAUUGUGCUAGACUUUUGUAUUCUAAUCUCAAAUCGAUUUUAGUUGUCCCUUUUUUUUGUUUUCACGCGUCCGCGGUGAAUACAUCUUUCAUGGAUUUAUUUUACCAGAAGUGAGUGAAACGAGCAGAAGUUGAGUGCCUCUGCCUGUGCCUGGAGUGCGUGUGUGUUUAUUACAAAAUUUUGCAGCUGUUUACGACGUUGAGUGGCAAAAACGAGUGAUAACAUUGACAAUUUGCAUUGGGAUUCGAAUUCGAUGUUCUUUGACUUUCUAUAAACUGGGAAAGGGAAUUGCUUUUGCUUCCACCCACGAAGGAUUUAUAAUUAAGUAUCAACUAGCAGCCGGUUCGGAAGAACCAACGACCGACUUCAUUUCUCCACACUUUAAAUUGCGAUCGAAAUAUCGUGCACUAUAAGAACUACAUUCUUAAUAAAGUGUUUAUCUAAAAAGUUUCGAUACAGAAUGAUUUGAAUUAUUAAUCGCAGCGGAACGGAGUGUGCUUUAGAUAUUCUGGAAUAAAUUUUCAAUUGGCUUUUCACACAUAUCAAAUCAAGAAACUUUUUACACUGCACACAGUUUUCAGAGAUGAGUACAAACAUGAUUCCGUUAAGCAUCCGCGGUUUAUCCUUAGUUACAUUAUGUUUUCUACUAUCAACAAAAGCAGAGCGGGAUUUUAAUUUUAAUGAUGAUAUUCAGAUUUCUUUAAGUGAACCUCAAGAGGAACCCAAAAAGAUUUUGCUCUACAAAAAUCCUUACACAAUAGAAUACUCACAAUGUCCAUAUACAGAAAGUAAAAUCAUGCUUUCACUUAUUCUUAAAUCUAAUGACUGGAAAGAUCUAAUAGAAAAGAAGCGGACUAAAAUUCUAAAUAAAAUUUCAAAAUUCUUUGCAAUUCCAAAAGAAUUCAUAGAUUUGGAUUCUGUGACCAAGCGAGAAAUCUUAGAUUUGUCCAAGAAUUCAAUAAGAAAAGGACCAAAUAAAUCUGAUAUGAGUAGAAGAUUGGGCAGAAUUGAUUUCACCAUUGGAUGCGGCACAACUUAUUUCGCAGCUGGUGAACCAAUUUCUAACCAAAUUGGAAUGCAAAUGAGAGAUGGAUCGCUCAACGAUAUUGCAGGUAUCGAUUUUGGAUGGUGGGUCAUAUGGCGGAAAAAGCUAAGCAAUAGAGUUCAACGUUACAGACGCCAAAUUGAGGGAUCCGGUGAAGAAGAAUAUGAAUACGACUAUGAAGACGAAGAUGAAGAUGGUGAUGCUGAAAUUGAGGAAACUAUUACCGAAAUUCCACAAGUGACAACACACGCUCAUCGACAUCACCAUGGCGUGGAAAAGCCCGAAGCAAAAGAGACAAUCACAAAUAAAAUCAAGAAAAUUGCUCUUGACAAAAAUGUAGUUGAAAAUACAAAUAAAAUAAAGCACAAGAAAAAUGAUUUCAAACCGCUUGUCAAAAAUGAAAGUAUUGACGAAGAUAUGGCUCGAGGUGUUACAAAACUAGAGCUUGAUAUUACAAAAACGAUUGAGAAUACGAACAGGCUUAAGAACUUGCCACCAAUCGUUGAGUCCGAAAUAAAUUCAUCACCAUUACAAGAAGACUUCAAGGAUAUACUUGAGAACAAUGAUGAUUUUGUUAUUGAUGAUUUCGACAUUAGAACUGUUUUACCAAUUGAUGUAACAACGACUCGGGUGCCAGUUAUUAGCAGGGAUAACAACAUCAGCAGCAGUAGUAGUAGAAGUAGUACUACGCCAAAGUCAAGCAAAAGUACAACAAUAUCUCUUGAAAAGCCUGCAAGCGUCGUCACUCCUCCAAUAUUGUUAGAACAAACGACACUUUUAAUAAGCACAACCCCAACUACAUUGUUGCCAAAGCAACCCGAAGAUAGUAGUACUUUAGUGCCAUUAAUAACGGAUGAAGUAGUAACUAACAAAGUUAAUACAAUUCAAAUGACUAAAACAACAAUUGCAACAACUACAUCAACUGAAAGCAACAUUGUAGUUACGACACCACCAAUAUUGCACGUCUCAACACCAAACAUUUUGGCAACAACACCAACAAUAAUUAUACCAUUAACUUCAUCAACUCCAUCAAUAACAACAAUUACACCCCCGGGGGUUACAGAACAAAUUGAACUAACUACGCAAAUUUCAACCAUGACAACUACAGUCGCUCCAAGUACUAACAUCUCAACUGCAACAUCUCCAAUAGUUUUAAGCAAAAAGAAUGACACACCAGUUACACGUUUGCUUGAAGAGGAACCAACUCCAAUCUCUCCAGUGGUAUUAUACGAAGAUAACAUGGAAACGGAAGUAUCGACUACACCUGAAGCGGAAGAAACUACUAUGCCACCAGCUUCAACUCAACCUCCGACAACUACAACCGAAAUUACAACAACAACCAGCACCACAACCCCAUCAACUACAACAACAACCACAACUACAUCGACAACCCCCACCACUACAACCACUACCACAACUACUACUACUACUCCAAAACCAACAACCACACCUACUAUUCCUACUACUGAAUUUGUUGAACCGGAACCUGUCAAUACGCCACCGAUCAUCAAGAACCGCCUCAAGAAGCACCCAGUUACGGCAGGAAAACCAUUCACGUUGACUGUACCACUGGAGACAUUCUAUGACAAUGAAGAUGGAACUAAUUUGCGAUUGGAUCUAUUUGAUAAGAACGGUAACGAGUUGAAAUCGACGUCAUGGAUCCAAUUCAAUGCAGAAUCAAGAGAAAUUUAUGGAUUACCACUCGAAGACGCUGUAUCAAGGUGGCAAUACAAAUUGGCUGCUACCGAUAGUAGCAAUGAAACAGUGCUGGAAACUGUAGACAUAUCCGUACAACAGCAUAAGGGACACCGCAGUGUUAAUCAUGAAAUAAGCAUUGGAGUAAAGCUUAUAGAGAAAUACGUUCGUAACAUUGAUUGGCAACUUCGAUUGAUUGAAGGAAUUGUGAAUACCCUUGGAGAUGAUUCAAUGUUUGCUAUCGUGGUUAGAGAAGUACGUCAAAAUCAACUUGAUCCGCAUACAGCAACAUUCAUAUACACAAAUGAGACUCUACCAAAAAGUGAAUGUCCAGACGAGCAAUUGGAGGAAUUGGUAAAACGCCUUAAUGAAAAAUUGUCGGAGUCAGUGCAACCUGAACUGAGUAUUAAGUCUGUAAGUGGUCAGUUAGUUGGACCCUGUCAAAAGCAAAGUGUAGCCAAGCCAAAACCAACAUCGGCAAAGAACUAUCCCCCAGUUCCAAGAAAUCAAGUGGACAGGGUGAAUGCCACUGUUGGACAUUUACUUGUGUACAAGGUCCCAGCAGAUACAUUUUAUGAUCCAAACGAUGCAACAAAUCUUAAGUUGUCCUUACUGACAAAUGACCGUAAAGAGCUCGGAACACGACAUUGGUUGCAGUUUGAUUCGAAGAACCAGGAAUUCUAUGGUAUUCCCAAGAGUGGCGAUAUGGGUUCCGAAGAAUAUUUGCUACAAGCCGAAGACAGCGGUGGUCUGACAGCAACAGAUGCACUCGUUGUUGUCGUUGGCCAUGCGCCAAAACGUGAAUUCAGUGUUUAUUUCAAAGCAUACUUGGCUAUUCGACAUGAACAAUUUAACUCAGAUAUGCAAAGGAAAUUUGUAGAACGCGUUGCUCAGCUAUUCGGUGAUCAUACAACACAAUUCAUUCAAAUUAGAUCAAUAACCACACACCACGAUUCUGAUGGAACCAUUGUAAACUUUUACAAUACAACUUUGUAUAAGUCUCACAACCGAUGUCCCGAAGAAGAAAUUGAAGCAACAAGAAAUGUUUAUUUCCAUCAAGAUACUCUUCUUCGAGAUCGCGUUAAGAAAACUAUAGGAAGUGAAUUUAAUUUGACAAAUGUUCAAGUUAUACCUUUAGGAUCCUGUCAUCCUAUUGUGCCCGAUGUCAUUCAUCGUGACACUAUCCCAAUUAAGACUGAAGAACCAAACACAACUUCGACAUUCACUGAUGACUAUCUAUUUACAUUUAUUUUACCAGCUGUUAUUAUAGUGGUAAUGAUCGUUUUGGCAUCGGUGAUAGCUUGUGUCUUGCACAGACGUCGAUUAACCGGCAAAAUGGAAUUGGGCGAUGAAGAGGAACGCAAAUCUUUUCGCUCUAAGGGGAUUCCUGUAAUUUUCCAGGAUGAGUUGGACGAAAAACCUGAAAUUGGUAAUAAAUCUCCUAUAAUAUUAAAGGAUGAAAAGCCGCCCCUGCUCCCUCCAUACAACAGUACAAAUCUGGAUGGUGACAACGAUGUUGAUGAAUACGUUCCUCCACCAGCUGUUAUUGUCGGCGGCCGAGAAAUGCGAGGAAAAUCUCCAGUAACUCCAUCCUAUAGAAAACCUCCGCCAUACGUAUCGCCAUAAGUUAUAAAAAAAUCAUUUUAAACGUUAAAAACACGAGUCACAAAAGCUAAUUAUUUUGAUUAUUUUGUAUACAUAAUUCUAUUAUCUCUGGCUACUUCAAAGUUGAAAUAACUAUCGACUGAUUUUUUUUAUCGUACAAACAUACUGCAAAAGUAUGUUUUAGAAAACACACAUGAACAUUUUCAUUCUAUUUUAACCUAGAAAAACUAACUUAGCCAAAACUUGGUAAAUUACUCAUACAAAUUAAUAUUUUAAGCCAACAAACUGGAACAAAGGUGUAUAACAUCAUGGCUCUAAAUUAAUCGACAAAAUGCAAUCUUUCUUAAAUAUUUAUGAUUCCAGUUCGGUCUUUCUGACGAUGCACUGCCAUUUGCUAGUUAUUUAACUUUUUUGUAAAGCUUAAUUAUGUUUGUGGCGGCAAAAACCUUAGAAGCAAUGAUAGCUCUUCCUACAGGUACUAUUUUUGUGUUGUUAAAUUUAUAAACUACUUUUCAUUUUUUUUUUGUGUAAAAAGAACAAGAAUUUAAUCUCGAAAGUGCGACGCGACUUAUUACUUUAGGUGUCGAACGAAUUUAAAGGAAAUAAUAAUUUAGAUCUUAAGUACUAACAGUAGUUCACAAAAGUAAUAACCCAUUUAAUGAGUUUCAAAUCUAAACUUUCAAGUUUCCCAAGCAAUUAUUUAUAUUAAAUUGUUCGAAGGAAAUGCUUCCAAACAAAUACCAAAAAUUAAACAAAAACAAAAACAAAAAAUAUUUUCUUAAUUGUAUAAUCAAGUUAAAAAGUAUAUUUGUACAGGAAUUGAAUUCUGUAAAUAAAUAAAUUCUGUUAUAAAUAAUAAAACAAAUAAAAUUUAUUGCAAUACAUCCACUCGACAAAAACCAACCGAUAUCCCAUCUCAAGUAAUAAGAUUAUAAAUGUGAAAUUAUAUCGUAGACAAAAUCGCUCCUAUCAAUAAAAUAAUAUCAAAUCGUAUUUUUAACUAUAAAAAUUAUAUAUAUAUAUACAUUAUAUUAUUAUUAUAAUUAUUAUUAUAUAUACCUAACAUAUUACUAUAGUGUAGAGAACUGUGAAAAAUCCUAAAACCAAUCAAUAAAGUUUGAUCGACAUACAUAUUUUGAACACAAAUGCAAUCACUGGUGAAAUGAUUUCAAAUGUAAGUUUUAAGUAUAUAUAUUUUUUAUAACGAUGAAAUGAAAUUAAAAAUAGAAAAAUAGUAACAAGAUCAACAAUCAUACAAAGUAUUAGACACUUUUAUUGCAUUCUUAUGUUUCCUCUCUUUUAACUAAAAAAAACACAAAUAUUUGUUGUUGAAUUAACAAUGUAUAUUAUUAUUUUCUUUUUUUUUUGUUUAAAUCUUACUCAAAAAUUUUAAAAUACUAUGGAUUUCGUUUAAAUAUUUGUUUGUUUAGUUUUUAAGUAUUACCGACAAUUGUUUAAUUUUUUUUAUAAACAAAAAAAACAAACAGAAUUGUAUAAUUAUGGGAAAACCGAAAACAAACUUUAGAUAAGUUAUAAUAUAAUAAUACAAUAAUAUUUAUAAAUGUUUGAAAAUACGAGAAAAUUAGAUUACACGGGACUAAAAAAUAAAUAAAAAUAAUAAAUUUAA